ACUGCAGCUAGAGAAAAAGCAUCUCAUAUUCCCAAUUAAAAAGGAAAGCUACGAACACAGAGGGGGGAAAGAUAAUGUGGAUACCGGCAACUUUGAUAGCAGUGCUUAUCUGUCUUCUGAUUGUGCACUUUCUGAAACAACUCUGGUCACACAAGAACUAUCCUCCAGGACCUCUUCGGGUUCCUCUCAUUGGAAGCAUUUGGCAGAUACCACCGAACUUUUCUCAGGAUAUUUUCAUUAAGCUGGCCAAGAAGUAUGGAAACAUUUACACCAUAUGGGUGGGGCCUCUGCUUGUGGUGGUAUUUUCUGGAUUUGAAGCAGUGAAAGAAAUUAUGGUCAAACAUUCGGAAUAUUUUGAUGAGCGACCAGUGACUCCUUUCUUUAAAACCUUAGGAAAUGAAAAAGGUAUUGGAUUUUCAAACGGUCACAUCUGGAAGCAACAGAGGAAGUUUGCAAUACUUACCCUGCGGAAGCUGGGACUGGGGAAGAAAGGCAUAGAGCACAAAAUAGAAGAGGAGGCCCACCAGCUUGUUGAGACUUUUGCACGUGCAAAGGGGCAGGCUCUUGACCCUUCAUCACCCAUCAUUAAUUCCAUCACCAAUGUGAUCUGUUCUCUGACUUUUGGUCAUCGAUUUUCUCUCGAAGACGAAGAAUUCAUCAAGUUGAGAGAUGCCUUCCAGGAUAUCGUACACUUUACCAUGACCUUCUUUCAUUUACUGUAUGACACUCUCCCCUGGCUCAUGAAACAUCUCCCAGGGCCUCACAAGAAGGUAUUUGCCUCCCGUGAUUUUGUACUCUCUGUUGCAAGGAAGGAGAUAGAAAAGCAUAAGACACAUCAGGCUGUGUAUGAGCCCCAGGAUUUCAUUGAUUACUACCUACUUCAGAUAGAGAAAAGCAAGAAAGAUCCCAACUCCUCCUACAAUGAAGAGAACCUGUCCCAGUGCAUUUUUGACUUAUUUGGUGCCGGAACAGAAACAGUCACCAGCACGCUUCUCUGGGCACUAGUCCUCAUGGCGAAUCAUCCAGAUAUCCAAGGAAAAGUCCAGAAGGAGAUAGAUGACGUUUGGGGUUCCUCUCGGUCAUUCUCCUACCAGGACUGGAAGAAACUGCCCUACACCAGGGCUGUGAUUCACGAGAUCCUGCGUUUCAAAUAUAUCUUAUUGUUUGGGAUCCCCCACCAAUGUGCAAAGGAUGUGAACAUUAUGGGGUUUCUCAUCCCUAAGGGGGCAACAGUUUUUCCAGAUUUCCGCUCUGUUCUUCUUGAACCGAAGCACUGGGAAACUCCUCAAGAGUUCAAUCCAAAUAAUUUUUUGGACAAGGAGGGCAAGUUUGUGGAGAAAGAAGAAUUCCUUGCAUUUGGAGCAGGGGGCCGGGCAUGUCUUGGGGAGCAGCUGGCAAAAAUCGAGCUCUUCAUCUUCUUCACCAACCUGUUGAGGACAUUCACCUUUCAGCCACCAGAAGGAGUGAAAAAAAUCAGUGAAGACCCUGUAGUACGAUUGGUCAUCCCUUCCCAGCCUUUUAAGAUCUGUGCUGUUCCCCGCAGUAGUGGAUCAUAAGGCACAAACAUAUUUAGAGAAGCUUAUUUAUUACUCUCCAUUCCAUCCUAUUUCAUUGAAAGAUCAUCUAACAUUCUGCUUCAGGUAGGUAGCCGUGUUGGUCUGCAGUGGAACAGCCGGAUUUUGGUCCAGUGGUAUCUUAGAGACCAGCACAUUUUUCAGGAUAUAAGCUUUUGAAAGUCAGAGCUCCCCUCUUGGGAUACCUGGGACCCUAACAUUCUGCUGAUCCUUGUGAAGCCCAUUCAUUCUGUCCUUUAGUUUCUUCAUUUGAUGAGAGCUAUUCAGAGAAGAAAUACCGAUCUAUGUUGUUGUUCACUGUUUGCUUAUUAUCACCUAAUAUAUGCAAUAUAGUUUGCUGAUUCUGCAGAAAAGCUCAAUAAAGAAUGAUUGCCUUGUACAAACUAAACGUUUCUUAUUAUAUCUAUGUGUCCUUGAAGGACAAAAUGCGUUCACUGAAUA